CAAAGGACGAGUGGCAGCAGGAGAAAGUCGUGCCGUCGUGUCCAUCCUCCAAUGCUCCAUCCACCCUCACCCUCACCUGGCACGCCCUGGGCUCCAUAUCCACCUUGCUAACUUGUCCAUCACUCCCCCCCCGCCCACUAGUCGCUCACUGCCACCGAACCUGCCUCAACUCGCGCACAGAAACCUCUCCCGUUCACUCGCCGAGCACUUCUGCGUGACCUGAUUGAUCCGUCUUUUUGCCAUCCUCGCCUUUCGCGGCUUUUCACUGCCUCUUACCUGUUGGGCCUGUCUCCUGCUGAGUCGAGGCCGAUAUAGCCUUUUGAUUCCCCCCUCCUGGUCCUCGGCUCCUCUUCUUCCAUUUCCGCUCCACUUGCUUCAUCAUCCCUUCAUCCCUCACCACCUUCGCUCAACCCAAGUUUUCUGGCUCUGUUCGCAGACCAUACUUUCGUUUACUUCGACUUGAACACUCACACUCGCUUUUCACGACUUCGAAUAUCCCCGUCGUUGGACAUCAAUCGCUCACGUCCUUCGCUUUUCGAAUUGGUUCGCUGAAAAGCCUCGCCCCCUCAAAAAAGACCGUUUCCCAAAUCCUUCGAAUCCACCUCCCUCAAUUUUGCAGCAGGGGAAAAACCACCUUCGCUUGAUCGUGGAACAAGAGAUCUGUCGAUAUUUACUCAACUUUUGUCUCGCAUCCGAUUUAUUGUUGGUACAUUCGUGGCGUCUCUUGUGCGUUUUCACUGCACGAAAAAGGUUGGAAACCCCGUGGGCAACUUCACCAUCCCACGACCCUUUCGCUGCGCAACCACCCGUCUGGUGACGACUCACCCGGGAAAACUCGACGGAUAGACCCGUCCAAAAGAGUACAAAGGGAAGACCACUUUCCAGGUUCCUUGCCUCUGGUUCAAGUUGAAAUCCAGCCUUCUGGGUUACUUCUUGCUGGUGGUAAAAAGGGUACGCUCUUCCAGUCGACCCACCCUUGGAAAUCCUUCCAGAUAUUUGCCACAACUCGUCUCGAUCUACCCUGACAAAGAGUUCGUUCCAACCGGUUGGAAUUCUUUGUUCUCAAGAUUAAAUCUGCCUCACCUUCCCGACAUCCAAACCUCUUCGGGAACGAGGAGCUCUCGGUCUCAUCACAAAUCGCCCAAGCUGGCAACAUCGGCCUAGAUCGCAUCUCAUUUUCGUCGGCCCUCUCAGCCAGCCGUCGGCUCCUACGCUCCAGGAGUCCCAAGUCAGCUUCUCAAAUUCUUCGCCCAUCUUCGAAUGUCCCCCUGGAGAACGUCGAUAUUGACCUCCCAGACAUUCGAAUCUCGAUAGCAUUUUGCAAUCGUCACUCGCUUUGAUCCGAGGCAUCAUUUAGCCUCCCACCACACUCGUUUAGCACACAGUCGCUCGCUUAGUGAUUUUUUGUUUUCAAGAAAUUUGCCAAAAUACCGUCAACCUGGCGUCCAUAACUUUCAACCACUUUCAGUCUUUCCCAGACUUCCGCACUCCAUUCAUAGUCGACGACUCGUACGAUCCCGCAGUUUUUGCUGGAGAGCACUUUGCAAGUCAGUUCCAGGACGGCCUCGAGGCCAAACCUGGCCAGCUCUUCUCCAUGUCUGGCUAUGAUGGACCGGGUCAAACAGGGCUCAUGAAGUUUCAAUCUCCUGUCAUCGACAAUCAGGUCUACUACGGCAGUUUUCCUCCUACUCCGUACGAUCAUCAUCCUCUUCUCCAACCUGGAAACCCCCAGGAAGCCGACUUCCAGUAUCUGGCUGGAAGCGGAUAUUCCUCCGAGAAGAGCUUUGUGCAUGGCAGUGCCCCUUCCGUGGAGUCUAGAGAGCGGAAAGAUAGAGAUCUGAGGGUGGCCAACGCGCAUCACCAGCGCAUCCCCUCAUCUCACAGUGUUCAAACUCUCCCCCGGAAACGCAAGGCUUCGACUGAGUCCGAGUACGACCUCCCAGCUCAGAAGAAAGCAGUCCUCGCUCAAGUCCACGUCCAGGACCCCAAUGGCGACUACUACGACCUUAGCGGUCAAACAUCCCCUUAUUCCCCUUUCGUGCCGACCCCAACCGGAAGCACUGGCCUUCCUACGUGCGUUAGCCAUGGCGCGUCACCUCGACCUUCUGGUCACCACUAUUCAACUUCAACUGCGUCUCAGGUCUCAUUGGCUGCUCCGUCGCCACAUACGCCUGCCUUCAGCCCCUCCUUCACCACCGUCAAGAGCGAACAGAGCCCGGCAGCGCCCAUGACGCCCAUUCCCCGUCCUACAACAAGCUCUCCUUUGAAAUCGUCAGUCCCCAAGCUGGUUCGCACGUCCACUAUGCAACAGUCGCCAACAGCCCCUUGCUCGACGAUUGCCAUCGGACAGACUCAGACCUUCAACCCAUAUACCUUGUCAACCCUCAAGGCCAAUCUUAAACUCAAGGGUGAUCUGGACAGCAUGAAAGAAGACUGGACUGCCGAGGAGAAGGAAGCUCGCCGACGCCUGGUGGUGUUCGAAAGAGACCAAUCCGGCAGCACUAUUACGGCGAACUUCAAGGGUGUCGCUCCCCAGGAUCGCCAAGCCAGCAGCAUUUGCAUCAGCUGCAUCUGGUGGAAAGAGAAGAACGAGUACUACGUCACCUCAGUUGACACCAUCUAUCUUCUCGAAGCCCUGGUUGGAGUCCGCUUCACCGUUGAGGAGAAGAACCGCAUCCGCCGCAACCUCGAAGGCUUCCGGCCUCUGACUGUCUCCAAGGCUCGACCGGACAGUGAGGAGUUUUUCAAGGUUAUCAUGGGCUUCCCUCACCCAAAGCCACGCAACAUUGAGAAGGACGUCAAAGUCUUUCCAUGGAAGAUCCUGGCGACCGCAUUGAAGAAGAUCAUCUCCAAGUACUCUGCAAGUUAUUCUUCGACUGCGGCUCCACUUCUUACGCCCGCUUCUUCCAUUUACAGCGGGGAAGGUCUGUCCGAAUAUCAAUAUCCUUCUUCGCCCCAUCCAGAAUACAUGGCCGCCGCGGGGUAUCCGAUGAACUCCGAGAUGGGAUACAUGCCCCAAGCUGUCCAGAUGCGCGUGCCCAGACCUGUCGUGACUGGACCACCCGAGUUGCAGCUCCAGAUGCCUGAGUACGUUCCUGCCUACGACGUCAACGGCCAAUAUAUCUACCAGAACGGAGUUCCAGUCACCCAAGCGACGAUGGGUAUGCCAGCCCACCCGAUGACGGCUCCAGUCACGCGGAUGCCUACAUGGGAAUAUGCCAAUUUUGUCAACGACAGCCCGGUCACCCUUGCACCACAAAGUGCACCGCCUACGGCCUACCCACGUGGACCUAUGGUGGAAGCGGCCGAGUUCAUGCCCCAUGUGCAUUACCAACAACACUAAACGUGGGCCCACAGAUCCUUUCAAACAUUUCCUUUCUUGACUGUCCUUAGCAUUAUCCUUUGUGCAUGACGCAGGAUUUACACCACGCACACUGGGAUGACAUUUUCCUUUCAUGUCUCUGGCGCCUUGGAAUAUCACGGAAACAAUUGGGAUGGGGAUUUGAAUGAGUCAUGUAUACACAAAACCUCCUUGUACACCAGCACGAGCAUGUUUUGCAUAGCGAUUGACACUUUGCGGAGGUUGGGUCGGGGAUGUUGCCUAUGCGAACAGACUCGGAGAGUCGGACAGUUAUGGCUGUCGACUUUGGUGAUAAUAACAGAAGGGAGAAUGGGAAGGAGGCUUUCAAAGGAGGGUCUGGAUGGGUAUGGUCCGAGGGUUACGUUCGUGUAUAUGAUUUGAUGAAAGCUAGACUUAGUCAUGGCAAACGGCCUAACGCAAGCUGCCAAUGCGCAGAAAACACAUGAUUAAUUGCUCUUGAA